ACAACCACCGCCUUACAGUUACUUCCCCACAAACCAACAAUGUGGAAGCCCACGGCGCUUUUGGCUUCACUUUCCGAGCCAUCCCUCUUGAAGGGUGGUCGUUGCCUCGGCUGCCAAUUGCGCAAUGCAACCGCAAUCCGCCCCCGUCCUGCGCUGCGUUACUAUGCCACCAACAGCAACAGCAACAGCAACAGCAAAAACAGCGAAACCAAACCCACGACAUCCUCCCCCUCCCCCCUCCCAACCAAGUCGAACAACAAAGUCGCCCACUUCCAGGCAAACUACUCCGCAACAGCAUCAAGAGUCCCCUCCCCGACCAGCCAACCGGGCGAUGACGACUUCAUACCUCCGACUCUGGACCGGCCCAUUGGGUCCGCAAUCUCACCCCAAGAAGGCCAGAACACGGGAAUCGAUGACCGGUCUUUCCGGCAAAGAAGAGACGAUUUUGUGAACUACGAAAGACAUCUUGAACGUCGGAAGGAAUUAACCCGACAAGUCGCAAAGCCCUACUUCCGAGAAUGGUCCAACAUGCGGUACCACGAAGGCAAGACCUUCCAAUCGAACCCACGACUCUUCAAACGUGACAAAGCGCUCUACUUCCCCAACAUGCACGGCAUCACGCUCGCAUCCCCGAAAGAACCCCAAGACACGACGCCCCUGUUCCGUGGAAAAGUCACAAUCGUGAAUUUGUUCUCUAGCGUGUGGGCCGAGUCUCAGGUCGUGACGUUUACGGGCAAGGAGCAGAAUCCUGGGCUUUGGGAGGCGGUUCGGGAUGGGGAGGGAUUGGUGCAGAAGGUGGAUAUUAAUUUGGAGGAGAAUGCGUUGAAGGCUGGCCUGAUUCGGAUGUUUAUGUGGAGGAUGAGGGCGAAGUUGCCGGUGGAGCAGCAUGAGAGGUACUUUUUGGUUAGGAGGGGGUUGGAUGAUGGGUUGAAGGAGAGUAUUGGGAUGUUGAAUGGAAAGGUGGGAUAUGUUUAUUUGUUGGAUGAGAAUUGUCGGAUUCGCUGGGCGGGGAGUGGUCCGGCGGAAGGGGAGGAGUUGGAGGCGUUGAAUAAUGGGGUGAGGAAGUUGGUGCAGGAGAGGAAGAUUAGUAGGGAGUCGGAGAUGCCGGUUCAGGAGUGGAGUCAGGAGGCUGCUGCUGCUGCUGCUGCGAAGAAACCUAGGGUUGUUGUGCGGUAGACCCGGGGUAGGAUGGUCUACUGGUUGAUCUUGUGUGCGUGUAUGUACAUACUGGGAUUGAGGUGUAUGUGUGAGUGAGUGUAAGAUAUGCUCCAGACACCAACACCAGGACAGAAUCCCCACUAUUAGUCUCUGUAUAGUAGUAAGAAGAAAAACGAAUCGAACAAGACAAAUCUCCCAACGCCAAACCCAUACCCACAAACAACAACAACAACAUCAUCAUCAUCUCCAUUCUGAGAGCAACAAAGAACACAGCACCAGCUCACCUAACCCAAACCAACACCAAAAAGCAAACCCCAAUAAAAGCCCCCAAAAUCAACGCAUCCCUUCUCCUCUUCGACCCAAUCUUCCCAAUCAACGCAUUCAUGCCCGGCACCGAGCUCGCCGCACCCACAAUCUUCCGA